AUGUCUGAAUGGACAGAAACUGGUCUUUAUGAUUUAUGUUUAACACUUGUUUAUGAAUCAAUCACAACUGCGUUUUAUGAAGAAGGUGUUGAUGCUCGAUCAAUUGUUAAUGAGUUGAAAAUUUUUGGUACUGCUGUUCAUCUUCUUGCUUAUCCAUCUCCAUGUCGUUGGUUUAAGCUAAAUUUGAUACGAUCAAAGAAUAAAAUCGCUAAACGAUUGUCACCAGUGGAUGUUAACGACAUGGAACAUGUUUUUACUAGUAGACUAAAUGAUUUGGCCAAUGGAAUACCAAAAGAAGAUAUAGGACAUAUGAAGACAGCCACAUUUCCAAACGAAAUCAGUGCUACUGCUCGACGAGUUCAUGCGCCAUUUGAUGAAGGAAAGUUUAUUUGUUCUGGACGUUAUAUUGCAAAAAAUAUUCUUAAAUUGACAAUUGUGGCAUUGAUCAAACAAUUUCAUAUCGAUUUUUUUGAUCAUUUUGAAAGCCUAAAAAUACCUGCAAUGCUCAAGACUGGUUAUGGAUUUGGUAUAUCAUCUCCCGAGAAGGGCAUACCUAUUCGAUAUCGACUAAAAUAA